AUGAUCCUGACGGGUCCCUUCCUAGUCGGAAUAUUCUAUGAUUCUGUGAUUGGUCGUGGAGUUCUCUCUGGUGACAUUCCCAGCCCGCCUGGACGCGGUCCUGCUCUGGGUGACCCCGCCUCGGCAGGGAGCUCGGACGGGACAUCUCCAGAGCUCCCCUCCCACUCGAACCAGGCUUCAGCGAGAAGGGGAACACGAGGCUUCCAGCCAGGGAGCGGGGGAAGCCAUUCUGAAACCUCCAAAUCCUCCGGAACCGGCUGUGAGGAAGCGGAAGAGGUGGAGCGGGACCGGGCAGCCUUGGCGGCCAUGGCCACGGCGGGGGGAUCGGCGGGAGGCGAGGAGGGAUGCGAGCACUACCGGCGGGGCUGCCGGCUGCGGGCCCCGUGCUGCGGGAAGCUGUACCCGUGCCGGCUGUGCCACGACGCAGCCGAGGAGCACCAGCUGGAUCGGUUCCAGGUGUCCGAGGUGCAGUGCAGCAGCUGCCGGCUCCUGCAGAAGGCCCAGCAGCACUGUGAGGGCUGUGGCAGCCUCUUUGGGGAGUACUACUGUGACAUCUGCCACCUGUUUGACCGUGACAAGAAGCAGUACCACUGCCAGGAGUGCGGCAUCUGCAGGAUUGGCCCCAAGGAGGAUUUCUUCCACUGCUCCAAGUGUAAUUUGUGCCUGAGCCUGAGUCUCCAAGGAAAGCACAAGUGUAUUGAAAAUGUCUCCAGGCAGGACUGUCCAAUAUGUUUGGAGGAUAUUCACACAUCUCGUGUUGGAGCCCAUGUUCUGCCAUGUGGUCACCUUCUUCACAGAACAUGUUACGAUGAAAUGCUGAAGGAAGGCUACAGGUGUCCCUUGUGCAUGCACUCGGCCUUGGACAUGACCAGGUACUGGCGCCAGCUGGACAACGAGGUGGCACAGACUCCCAUGCCCACCGAGUACCAGAACAUGAUGGUGGAGAUCCUUUGCAACGACUGCAACGCCCGCUCCACGGUGCAGUUCCACCUGCUGGGCAUGAAGUGCCAGAGCUGUGAGUCCUACAACACGGCCCAGGACGGGCGGUGCCGGCUGUCCUUGGAGGAGCAGUGACUGGGGCAGGCUCGACCGGGCCCCGGCAAAGACUGGUUUGGGAACAAAGCAACUCUUGUGUCAGUAAAAAUUCCAGUUUUCCCAGUUCAAGGAGUCCUGUGCUGCGUCGGGGAGCAGGCAGGUGAGAGGAGCAGCACGAGGAGAUGUGGUGAGCGGCCGGCGCAGCGGCAGGAGGAGUUUGGAGGCAGCUGAAGGGGAAGGGAGGUGGAGAGGCAGCUCUGGGGGAAAAUGGGUCGCUUUGAGAGGCCUUUGGGGCUAGUGCCAGCAUCCACAGGGCAGUGUGUGGGGAUGUUGUGUUCCCUGGGGAUGAUGUGUGUGCCUCCUGGGAAUGAUGGCCAGUGGGCAGCAGUGGCAUCCUCAGCUCCCUUCGAGCACUGUCACCUGUGUGUACAGAAUUCCCUUGAAACAAGGGAAUUGCCCUGCCUGCUGGGAUGAGCAGCUGGAAGAUCCAGGUGCAAAGCCCCCCGUUUCCCCCUGGACACCCAUCCUGACUCGCUGCUGUCUCUCUGCUCAGAUUCCUUUGCCAGCUGCAGUCACUUUUUCCCUGUUUCUUCCUUGUUUUGCUCUGUUCACUGGCAAAGGCUGAGGUGGCGUGGGGUUUAAGACUCGUACAUAGCUGGAUUUUACUGGUUAGGUACCUAAAGUGAAACAUAUCCUCCACAUCAGGCUGAGCCUGGGAUGUUCACUGAAAUAAAGCAGCCCAGGGUCCAGUUUUCUGUGUUAUUUUGGUGUUUGUUCAUGGUCGAACUUCACUGGGGGGAGAACCACUGCCUUUUGAAAGAAAUAAAAACCCCAGUUCCACCCUCUUUCAUGUAACAUUCUGCCUGAGGUGUUUUGCAGUCCUAAAUAUUGCAGGAAGUCCUCUGUGAAUUUCACAUGCAGAUACUUCACAGUAAUAAGAUGUAAAAAAAGGUUGGUUCCUCUUCAGGUUAUAAUUACUCAUUUUUAACUUGUUCUGUUGUAAAAUGAACUUUUCUUAAUCCAGCAGUGCCCGUUUUCUGUAGGGAAUAUUUAGGAUUUGGAUGGUAGCUAUUGUAGCUUGCCUUGACUGGGGUAUCUUUUUCUGGAGCACUUUUCUCACUGCUAUAAAUAAAUGUAAAAAAAGGUCUCUAUUAAAAUAAACAAACUACACUGAG